CCUCCUCCUGCUCGCCCGAAUCUAGUGCUCGUGCUUGUUGGAUUGCUGUCGUUGAUCUGAUCCCGUUCACCGGUCUGCUGGGAGAAGUCUGCUCGGAAAAGUGUUCUCUUCCUGCUCGUCCGAACCUAGUGCUUGUGCUUGCUGGAUUGCUGUCGUUGAUCUGAUCCCGUUCGCCGGUCUGCUCCAAGAAGUCUGCUCGGAAAAGUUGACGGAUUCACCCAUGGCCAUUGGGGAGAUUUUUUUGAGUGCCUUCCUUCAAGUCCUGUUCCAGAAGUUGGCUUCUCUGGGAUUGAGCUAUGCGCAAAGGGAAGGAGCACCGCCCUUCUCUGGAAUCAGGAUCGACCAGCUCAAUAAGUGGAAGAAGAUGCUGGACACCAUCAAUGCAGUGCUGGAUGAUGCAGAGGACAAGCAACUGAGCGGUAAAGGUCCAGUGAAGCUAUGGCUAGGCGAUGUUCGGGACCUGGCCUAUGACAUGGAAGACUUGCUCGACGAGUUCGGGAUUGAAGCCGCCCAAGCCAAGUCAGAGGCAGAAUCAAGCAAAAGCGGAGGUCUGGUGGAAUGGAAGUUCCCUUUCGGUAGCCAGUAUAAAUCCUCCAUAUCGAAUCCAAACCCGCGCUCGCUCGUGUCUGAAACUGAGGUACAGAAGAUUAAUGAUAGGUUGGAAGAGAUCGUCACCAGGAAGGCUCAACUAAGCUUAAUAGAGAAUGUUGUGAACAGAUCUGCCAACGCUGACAAAAGGCUCCCCAGCAGUUCUCUGCCGGAACCUCGAUUUUUCGGCAGGGAGAAGGAAGAAGCAGAAAUACUUGAACUAUUGACCGGUGAAGCGAAAAAUGCUGAUUCCACAUUGAGAAUAGUCCCCAUAAUUGGGAUGGGCGGUAUUGGAAAGACGGCCUUGGCUCAACGGUUAUAUAAUGAUGCCGGAGUGAGUGGCUAUUUCGAGAGGAGAGCAUGGGUUUGUGUUUCAGACAUCUUUAAUGUCAUCAACAUAACAAAGACUAUUUUGCGGUCGAUCACCGGGUUGUCCAACGAGGGCGAAGAUCUUAACGGGCUUCAAGUUAAGUUGAAGGACAAUCUAUCGUGGAAGAAGUUUCUUGUGGUUUUAGACGAUGUCCGGAAUGAAAACUAUGGAGAAUGGACUGCCCUUUUGAAGCCAUUUGAAGCGGGGGCUAAGGGAAGCAAGAUAAUCGUCACGACUCGCAAUCGUGCUGUUGUUUCCAUAACAGGAGCUUUGCCGUAUCCUUUGGAGGAGUUGUCCCUUGAUAAUUGUACAAGCUUAUUAGCCUUUCAUGCUCUUAGAGCAACAAAUUUUGAGAGGCACCCGGAUCUUGAAACAAUUGGCAAGAAAAUAGCUGAAAAAUGUAAAGGUUUACCUUUGGCCACAAAGGUGUUGGGCGGUCUCCUACGUGAUAAACGGAAUCCCGAUCAAUGGGAAGCUAUCUUAAAUAACAAAAUGUGGGAUCUUCCGAUGGGAGAGAAUGAUGAGGUUCUUCGAGUUUUGAAAUUGAGUUAUGUCCACCUUCCUACUUAUCUAAAGAGAUGUUUUGCUUAUUGUGCAGUAUUUCUCAAGGAUUACGAAAUUGAGAGGGAUGAGCUGGUACUCUUAUGGAUAGCAGAGGGCUUUUUAGAUGGACAUAAAGCAAAGGAGAAUAUCUUGAAAUUGGGACAGAAUCACUUUGAUGAGUUAGUAUCCGGAUCAUUUCUUCAACAAUCAAGUGUCGACACGUCUAAGUUUUCAAUGCAUGAUCUUUUGAAUGAUCUAGCAAAGUCAAUUGUGGGUGGGACAUUCUUUAGCUUUGGGGAGUCUCAAUCGGCAGAUAUCAUUUGUAUUGGCAAAAUCUCUUGGAAGGAUCACUUGUGAAUGCUGUGGAGGGAGUUCCGGAACAGAAGCUUCAAGCUCACUUGUGUUCCUUUGGUCUGCCUGGAAAUCUUGUGCUUCAAUCAAUAUAUCCGAUC